GUGGUGUCUCUCUAGAGAUAUUGCUGGAUCGGCCGAUCCCAGAGGGCCUCCGCUGCGAAGGUGCAGCGGUGCGCUUCACUGUAGCCUCAGAAACCGAGCUGCAGCAGCAGCAGCAACAGCAACAGCAGCAGCAGCAGCAGGAUGAAGAUGAAGCCUUUUCGGUGUCUCCGCCCGUCGGCCCUGCGGGCUGUCCACUCGCAAUCAGCAUCAGUACACCGCAGCUCAAAGCAUUACCUCCCCUCGCGCUGCAGCGUCUCCAGCAGCACAUGACCGCCACAACCAGCAGCAGCAGCAGCAGCAGCAGCAGCAGCAGCAGCAGUGGCAGUGGCUGCUGCUGUCUCCUUGUACACCCCGACGGCAGCAAGCAGACAAUUUCUGCUGCUCUUCGCAACGGAAGGGUGGAGGCGACGCUCCCCCCAAUAUUCCUGGAGCCCGACGAGCCAGCAACAGAAGAGCAGCAGCAGCAGCAGCAACAACAACAACAACAACAGCAACAACAACAGCAACAGCAGCAGCAUCAGCAGCAACAGCAGCAGCAGCAGCAACAGGAGCAGCAGGAACAACAGAGACAGCCGCCGGCGCCCCUCACGGAAGAGCGCAGCGUAUUUAAGUGCAGCAAAAACGGAGUGUAUGUGCUGCAACUGUUUCUCUCCUUUAAUGGAGUAGAGUUCAGCAGCAAGCCGCAGAGAUUUGAGGUGUAUAGGCAGCUCCAGGCAGACCAGUUGCUGCUAUUUACUCUUCCCGCUACUCCUCCAGCUGCUGCUGCUCCUGCUGCUGCUGCUGCUGCAGCUCCUGCUGCUGCUCCUGUUGCUGCUGCAGAGCCUCCCGCUGAAGCAGAACAUGCAGAUGCAACAGCAGCAGCACGUGACACAGCAGCAGCAACAACAGCGAUACCAGCAGCAACAGCUGCUGCUGCUGCUGCUGUUGCAGCAGCUGCUCCUGAAGUGCAGCAAGUCGAUGAAGAAGCAGUGCUAAGUAGAGGCACGUUUGCUGCUGCGCUGAUGGAGUGCGGGGUGUCUGUACACUCGCCUUGCUUCCGGCUUACGGUGCUGCCUGAAAGUCCUGCUGCUGCUGCUGCUGCUGCUGCUGGUUCACACAACCGAAGCAGCAACCACAGCAGCGCCCCGCGAGAUACAAAUGCGGCCGCCCCGCAUCAUCAGGUUGCUGCUGCUGCUGUUGCCGGAGCUGCAGCAUCAUCUGCAGCAGCAAAUGCAGCGACAGCAGCAGCUGCUGCAGCGGAUGCGCCUUCAAAGGAUGAAGGUGAGGAAGCAGCGCCGCUGCAGCUGCUAGUUCCUGCUGCCUGUAGCAGCGCAGUGCAACAGCAGCUAGCUACGCUCUUUGAGUCUAGCAGCAUCCGCUGCAACAGCAAGCGGGGCCUCUCUAGAGACAAAGCAGCAAGGAGCAAUGGAAGGAAGGCAGCUGGUGCUGCUCCUACGGGGACCCCCAAAGGUGCUGCUGCUGCUGCAGCAAGCAGCAAGGCAGCUCCACCAGACAAACUGCAAAAGCAACAGCAGCAGCAAAAGGCAGGAAAGGGGCAGCAGCAGCAGCAACAGCAGCAACAGGAACAGCAAAAAGCCGAAACUGCAGAGGAAAACCUCCAGAAAGUCAUCGUGUGCGAGCUCCCUGUGCUUAAGGGCAGCAGCGAAGGGUACAGCCUUUGCAGUUUGGAGCUGUCUAUUGAUGGCCUCCACUUCGUCCCUGUAGCGGGCGGCAGGCCCCUGAAGCUGAAGAAAGCGCGGAGCAGCCCGCUGAUGCAGUUGCCCUCUCCCUUCGUGUUUGCUGCUGCUGCAGGAGAGAUAGCCUCUGCUGAGGCAGCAGGAGAGAAGCAGUGA